AUGGCGUGGUAUUCCAUCCUUCCGUCGGAGCUUACCCAUCUUGAGAGCUGGGCAGCUCGUGUCUUCUUCCUCCUCGGUCUCAUCACCAUUGGCCCCUGGGCCUUCCUCAUACUCCUAGAUGCAACAAUCUGGAUAUAUCGUUUGAUUCUUUGGGAAAUCCCCUGGAUUGGUGGAAGAGCACGUGGUCGACAGCGUCCUCGCGCCCCGAGCUUGAAUGAACGUCCGGGCGGGCAACGGAGGGCAUUUGGAUUGCGCGGCGUGGAGACGGAUACUGGCGAUAGCGAAGGGGGAGAUCGAGAUGAUUCUCUAGGGCUCAAGAGGGAGAUAGGUCACGACUCUCGUAAGGAGAACGUGAGCCCUGUAGUCCAAGCAUUGAAUCCAUAUUUGAGUGGAGAUGGGAUCUUGAAACAAAGAAGCUCAGGGCAGAUGUGA